UAAUCGAUCACGAAUCGCCAACCCUACCUGUAUCAGAUAAUAAUAAAUAUGACGUAUCACAGUUAUACUCAAUGAUUCAGCAUGUAUCACUAUAAUAAAGUGCGCCAGUGGAGCAACACGCGUUCAUACGAUGUCACGGCUGGAUUUGGUAAUAUUUGGCGCGACCGGCUUUACGGGCAAGAAGGUCGUGGAGCAGGUGGCCCGUGGGGGGAAGUACUACGACAAUCUAUCAUGGGGAGUGGCUGGCCGCUCGCAGCAGAAGUUAGAAAACGUGUUGGCUGAUGUUUCUAAGUUAACAGGUAAGGACUUAUCACAUGUAAGGGUGAUAGUGGCUGACACUGGUGAUCACAAAUCGCUGCGAGAGAUGUGCUCGCAGGCGAAGGUGCUGGUGAACUGCUGCGGCCCGUAUCGCCUCUACGGAGAGCCGGUGGUACGCGCCGCCAUCGAAGCCAAGACCCACUACGUGGACAUCAGUGGCGAGCCCUUGUUUAUGGAGACGAUGCAGCUGGUGUACGACGCGCAGGCCCGCGAAGCGGGCGUGUAUGUGGUGAGCGCUUGUGGCUUCGACAGCAUCCCCAACGACAUGGGCGUCGUGUUCCUGCAGCAGAACUGGGAAGGUACUUUAAACUCAGUGGAAUCGUAUAUGAGCAGUUACGUAUCACCCGAAGUAAGAGAGGAGGCGAAUAAAACCGGCAUUCUUAAUUAUGGCACGUGGGACUCUCUUGUUUAUGGACUUUCUGAUCAAUUGAAAUUGGGAUCUGUACGCAAGCAGUUAUUUCCAGAGAAAAAGCUCAAGUUUGAACCGAAAUUGAAGUUACGGGCUCCGUUCCACAAACGAGGCAACGAGUGGUAUGCGCCCUUCCUGGGCGCAGAUAAGUUCGUAGUGUACCGGACACAGCAUCGGGCGUACUUUGACGGCGAGAGACCGGUGCAGUUCGAGGUAUACUUCAAGAUGACCAACCUACUCCUUGCACUUCUCUUCACCCUGGCUGCUGGGUUUCUAUUUGUAAUGGCAAUGUUUAAGUUCACGAGGAAUCUACUAUUAGAUCAUCCCAGGUUCUUCUCUGCCGGAAUGCUUACAAAGCAAGGCCCCAGCGAGAGGGUGAUGAACAACUGCCAUUUCAGAGUUGAGUUGAUCGGUAAAGGGUGGGGGAAGGGAGUGGAUUCAAAGAGUACGCCGCCGAAUAAGACCAUGGUCGCAAGGGUGUCAGGAGUGAACCCCGGCUACGGCGCCACUGUGGUUGGAGUGUUGCACAGCGCCCUCACCAUUUUACGUGAACAGCACAAGAUGCCCAAAGGCGGAGUGCUCACGACGGGGGCUGCAUUUCGUAAUACAAGCCUUAUACAACAACUUCAUGAAAAUGACUUCAAAUUCGAAAUUAUUGAGAAAAAUUAGUGUUUAGACUUAUAAGAAGUGUCAAAAUAAGUGAAUUUGUAAAUGUGAGUUUGUUAAGGUUUUUCCUUGUAUAGGUUUUUUUUUAUUGAUUCGUAAAUAAAUUAUUUAUUUUCGUUAUUUUUA